AUGACUGCCUCCAUAGUGGAGGCUUUAGAGAAGCUCGAACGACCUAAGAGAAACGCGGAGGGAGAAAGGGAUGCUCGAGAGAAAAACCCAAAGGUGCAAGGGAAUGAUGGAGAAGCCCAAGAGAAAAAUGAGAAAUCGACAGACAACGAUCAGGAUCCAUCUGUGACAGCUCAGAAGCAAUCUUCGGAACCUCCGUUAUCUAAUCCUAAAGUUGGAAACCCAAUAUCACACGGCCAGGUGGUAGAUAUUGCUCGGGACAUGAAAGCUCGUCGAAUUCAGCCGAGUGGCCUCGAGACUCUCCUCAAAGGGUCAAGAGUUUAUGUGCCCGCUCCACUGCCCAAGCUAGAGCCAACUUCCGCGUACAAGGCUCUCAUGACCCGUCUCCGUCGCGAGGAAGAAGAACGAUCCUACGAACGAAUGACCAAUCCUCCUCCACCCAUGGAGACCUUCGCUCAACGUUUUCCUGCAUCCUCCGCUGCGCAUGCAUUCUCGUCAAGCUACCAAAAUAUCAAUACUUCUGAUCCAGACGAUGACGGUCUCACAUUUGCGGAUGUUGACAGGCAGAUGGCCCUCAUUCUCAAUGUACUUCUCAGUAUUGUGGCUUGUGCAGGAGCAAUCUGGGUUGCUGCAAGAUGGUGGAACACACCAGCAAGAUUAGCACUCAGUAUGAGCGGGAGCAUCCUGGUAGGGGUCGCCGAGGUGGUUGUGUAUUCUGGGUAUAUUAGGAGAGUUGGCGAGGCGAAAGGAAAAGAGAAAGUUGUCAAAGAAGUGAAGGAAAUAGUGAACACUUGGGUUGUGGGCGCAGGCGAUGAAGCUUCUGGAGUCGGUGAUACAGAGUCGGCCAGUAUCGAACCAACGCACAUUCCGGACGAUGUCAAAACACGGAGACGGAAGAGGGAUACAUCAUGA